CGCGCGCGCGCGGCCGGCGGAACCCGGAAGUGAGGGCGCCUCGCGCGCGCAACCCGCACCCGCGGGCUCCGGGGGUCGGUCGCGCGGAGCCCGACCCCGCGAUGGCGCACGAGCAGGGGCGGGGGCCCUCCCCGCCUCCCUCCCGCCGGCUGCUGGACGCGGUGCUCCAGAACCUCUACGAUUUUGGAGAGACAGAAGAUGAAGCGGAACAGAAAAGGAUCCGAAGGAAAAAGGAAAACAAGAAGAGAGAUGCGGGGACCCCCGUGGCCUUGGGGGCCGAGCCCGCUCCCCCACCUGGUGCUCCUGUAAGAGGCCGGAGGAAGAAGGCUUCGAGCUUCUUCUCGGAGCUCCGGGAAGAGCUGCGGUGUGCCCCCUCCGUGACCCCCCCGGAGGCCCCCGCAGGCCCACAAGCCCCCCGGGCGGCAGCAUCGCCCUCUCCCCCGAACAGGAGGGAGCCGGUGGAAGUGGUGGAAUUCCACAGCAGGAGUAAGAAAAGGAGACAGAGGCCGGAUCAAGAUGAGGACGCCAAGACCAAAACUAGUAUCCUGGACAAAGAUGUGAAUAUACAAGAAUUUAACUUAGAAAAGGCUCGGCUGGAGGUGCACCGGUUUGGGAUCACGGGCUACGGAAAAGGGAAGGAGAGAGUCCUGGAACGGGAGCGUGCGGUCAUGCUGGGCGCACAGCCUCCCAAGAAGAGUUACGUGAAUUACAAGGUUUUGCAGGAGCAGAUCAAAGAGAAAAAGGCAGCCAAGGAAGAGGAAAAGAGAAUGGCCCAGGACACAGACAUUUUCAAGAAAAAGAAGAGGAAAGGGCAGGAGGACAGGAAAUCCAAGAAGAAGAAGGCAGCUCCCAGCAUUUUGUCAAGUGGACGGAUUGGCCAGGUUGGAAAAUUCAAAAAUGGGACCUUGAUCCUGAGCCACGUCGACAUCAGGAAGAUAAACUCGUCCCGCGUGGCUAAGUGAGCUGCUGCCGAGCCAGAGGGGCGGGAAGCCCUGUACUGAGGCUGGGCCGGCCGGACUCCAGACCGUUACUAUUUCCUGCUUCGUGACCGUUCUUUGGGGGAAAGUCAGAGAGGACCAGGAAAGCUUCUGGGCUCAUGUGUCUGCGGGGCCACGUCGGGCCAGGAAAGCUUCUGGGUCUGUGUCUGCGGGGCCACGUCGGGCCAACCACGCGCCGUGCGCGUGUGAAGUGAACCUGGCGGAAGACGUUUAAUUUUCCCAGCGCGUCACUCGAGUGUCACUGUCACUGGUGUUUUGUGCAUUUGCUCGUAAGAAGAUUUCUCAGGAAUGUACUGAUUUGUAAGGGCUAAUAAUUAGCUUUCAAUCGCCAUUUAAUUUUCUAAAAACGACUCGAUGUCACUGUAUCGUGAAAGCUAACAAUGUGGUCAUUUGUCAAGUUAUUUUGUGGGAAAAGCAGCUUCCAUGUUCAGGCUCAAGUGUAUAAAGUCUACUUCACAGGAAGGGACGUAAAUAAAAUUCACCCUUUGGGGCGUGUGUGGCCGUGACUGAAA